GAAGGCUGGUCUCCUGGUGCUCUGAGUGUGCGCUUUGGCGCUCCGGCGUGCGGUGUGAGGCGCGGGAAUAAAGUGUUGAAUUGGUGCCUAGCCUGGAUGCCAUGGGUUCCAGGCCGUGCUGUGGUGGCGCUCCACACAUCAGCCAGCUGAAGAAGGCCCGUUGAACUGGUUCUUCUCCGGGUGUUCGUCGCAGAUGUGAAGCCAUAAAUAUUGGCAGUGCCCCUUAAUUAGAAGGCUGUAUAGAAUUCUUGAAGAAAAACACCUGGAACAACAUUAUUUACUUGGUAGAGAAGUUCUAAAAUCAACUGAGGAUGAAAUAUUCGAAGUGAAAACAAUGAGUAUUUUGAAACAUACAAGAUAUAAUGGAAUGGUGGAAGUUGGGAAUUGGUAGUAACAGAAAGCUUCCUGAGGGAUGCUAUGGGCUGAUGACCGCUGAUGAUUUUGCAAGAAAACCUUUUAAAGAUGAAUGAAAGACAAUUGGAAACUCUACAGCAGCGGAAACUUCCUGAAUGGAUGUCUAUGCAGAAUAAGAGGUGUGCUGUAGAAGAAGGAAAGGCAUCUGUUCAGAAGAGUGUUUUUGAAGAUGACCUCCCCUACUUGGAAUUCACUGGAUCCAUUGUGUAUAGUUAUGAACCUAAUGAUUGUUCUUUCCUAUCAGAAGAUAUUAGCAUGAGUCUGUCUGAUGGAGAUGUGGUAGGAUUCGACAUGGAAUGGCCACCAGUAUACAGUAAAGGGAAACUGAGCAGAGUUGCACUAAUUCAGUUGUGUGUGUCAGAGAGCAAAUGUUACUUGUUUCAUAUUUCCUCUAUGUCAGUUUUUCCUCAGGGAUUAAAAAUGUUGCUUGAAAAUGAAGCAAUUAAAAAGGUUGGUGUUGGAAUUGAAGGAGAUCAGUGGAAACUUCUACGCGACUUUGACAUCAAAUUGAAGAGUUUUGUGGAGCUAACAGAUGUUGCCAAUGAAAAGCUAAGAAGUACAGAGACCUGGAGCCUCAAUGGUUUGGUUAAACACCUCUUCGGUAAACAGCUUCUUAAAGACAAGUCUAUCCGCUGUAGCAAUUGGAAAAAUUAUCCUCUCACUGAGGUCCAGAAACUGUAUGCAGCUACUGAUGCUUAUGCUGGUUUCAUCAUUUAUCAAAAAUUACAAAUUUUGGGUGAUGCUGUGCAAUUGUUUUCCAUAAAUAAAGAGGAAGAAAUACUACCUAGUGAUGUGAAGAAACAAUUGACUUCAAUCUCUGAGGAGAUGAUGGAUCUGGCUAAGCAUCUUCCUGACACUUUUAGGAAAUUGGAAAAUCCACAGAGGGUUUCUAUACUAUUGAAGGAUAUUUCAGAAAAUCUGCAUUCGCUGAGGAAGGUGAUACUUGGUUCUCCUGAGACCGAACCUAGGUCCAGCAUUAAUUUUAACUUACUGUCAUUUGAAGAUCCAGCUGGUGGGGUACAACAGAGACAAGAGGAGAUAUGGGACACAACACUUGAUAAUUUAAUUACACAGGAUGGAGAAAAUGUGCUUGGAAAUGAAGUGAAACAAGAAGAUGGACUAGAACACAAUAAAUUGAACGAGAAUGCAGAAGGGGGUUGUCUAAUGUCGUUAGAUAUUACAGAAUAUGAACUGCAACUUUUGGAACAGCAGGCUCAGGAAAAGAACCUUAGUGAUGUUACUUGCAAAUCUCCUGAGGAUUUAUCUUCCAAGGAUAAUGAAGAAGAUACAUCUUAUAUAAUUGAAAGUGAUGAAGAUUUAGAAAUGGAGAUGCUUAAGUCUUUAGAAAACCUAAAUAGUCGCACAGUAGAUCCAAUUCAUUCAAAAUGCAUGGAUGUGGAAAGCAAUCUGAAUGUUCCUUGUAAAGAAGAUGAAGAUGAGGAUGAAGCUAUUGAAGAGGAAGAAGAAAAUGAAGACCAUUCAAUACCAGGACCCAAUGAAAAGCAAGUUAUUUGCCUCAAGACCUACUUUGGCCAUUCCAGUUUUAAGCCGGUUCAGUGGAAAGUGAUUCAUUCUGUACUGGAAGAAAGAAGAGAUAAUGUUGUUGUCAUGGCAACUGGCUAUGGAAAGAGUCUGUGCUUCCAGUAUCCACCUGUUUAUGUAGGCGGGAUUGGCCUUGUCAUCUCUCCUCUUAUUUCUUUGAUGGAAGACCAAGUGCUCCAGCUUAGAAUGUCCAACAUUUCAGCUUGUUUUCUGGGAUCAGCACAAUCACAAAAUGUUCUAAAGGAUGUUAAACUAGGCAAAUACCGAAUUGUUUACUUAACUCCAGAAUUCUGUUCAGGUAACUUGUACCUGCUUCAGCAACUUCAGGCUGAUAUUGGUAUUACUCUGAUUGCUGUGGAUGAGGCUCACUGUAUUUCUGAGUGGGGUCAUGACUUUAGAAAUUCAUUCAGGGAGUUGGGCUCUCUAAAGGCAGCAUUCCCGUUGGUUCCAAUAGUUGCUCUCACUGCUACUGCAAGUUCCUCCAUCCGGGAAGACAUUGUCCGUUGCUUAAACCUGAAGAAUCCUCAGAUUACCUGUACUGGUUUUGAUAGACCAAACUUGUAUUUAGAAGUUGGACAAAAAACUGGGAACAUCCUUCAGGAUCUGAAGCAAUUUCUUGUCCAAAAAACAAGUUCUGCCUGGGAAUUUGAAGGUCCAACUAUCAUCUAUUGUCCUUCCAGGAAAAUGACAGAACAAGUUACAGUUGAACUUAGGAAAUUGAACUUAGCCUGUGGAACAUACCAUGCAGGCAUGAAUAAUAGUUCAAGGAAAGAGGUUCAUCAUAAGUUCAUGAGAGAUGAAAUUCAGUGUGUCGUAGCUACCAUAGCUUUUGGAAUGGGCAUUAAUAAAGCGGACGUUCGCAAAGUCAUCCAUUAUGGUGCGCCUAAGGAAAUGGAAUCUUAUUACCAGGAGAUAGGUCGAGCUGGCCGGGAUGGACUUCAAAGUUCUUGUCACCUACUCUGGGCUCCAGCAGACAUUUGCUUAAAUAGGCACCGCCUUAAUGAGAUACAUAAUGAAAAGUUUCGAUUAUACAAAUUAAAGAUGAUGGCAAAGAUGGAAAAAUAUCUCCAUUCCAGCAGAUGUAGGCGACAACUCAUCUUGUCUCAUUUUGAAGAUAAACAACUACGAAAGGCCUCAUUGGGUAUUAUGGGAACUGAAAAAUGCUGUGAUAAUUGCAAAUUCAGCUUGUAUAAUUGCCUUUCCAUUGAUGACUCAGAUGAUAGGCCACAGGACUUUGGUCUACAAGCAUUCCAGCUUUUAUCUGCCGUGAACAUCUUAGGAGAAAUGUUUGGAGUUGGGGUUCCAAUUUUAUUUCUCCAAGGAUCUAAUUCACAGCGUCUUCCAGAUAGAUAUCGCAGACACAAAUUAUUUGGCAGCGGCAAAGAUCAAACAAGGAGUUGGUGGAGAGCUUUUUCCUAUCACCUCAUGACCGAGGGGUUCUUGGCAGAAGUUUCUGGGCGUAACAAAUAUGUAAAGAUUUGCACCCUUACAGAAAAGGGUAGAAAUUGGCUUCAUAAAGCCAAUUCAGGAUCAUCUCCUCAGCAACUUAUCCUUCAAGUUAAUGAAGAAUUGUGCCCAAGGAAGAUUCAUCUACCAAGUUCUAAAACUGUGUCUCCAGGCACUGAACAGCAUUCCUCUCAUCAGGUGCCCACUGACUUAACUGCAGAGAAGAAGUCUAACUUGAAGAAGAUGUAUUCCUACAAAGCACUUGAUAAAAUUUCUUCUGGGAGUAACAUUCCUACAAAAAGCAUCACGGUACCAUCACCAGGAAAAUCUUACAAGUCUUCAGAACCUGUUAUUUCGGCUCAAGAGCAGGAGACUCAGACUGUAUUAUAUGGCAAAUUGCUAGAAGCUAGGCAGAAACUUGCCAAUAACUUGGAUAUUCCUCCAGCUAUCCUGGCAACAAAUAAGAUACUGUUGGAUAUGGCCAAAAUGAGACCUACUACAGUUGAAAAUGUGAAAAGGAUCAAUGGAGUUUCUGAAGGCAAAGCUACUAUGUUGGCCCCUCUAUUGGAAGUCAUCAAACAGUUCUGUCAAAUAAAUAGUGUUCAGACAGAUCUCUUUUCAAGUACAAAUCCUCAAGAAGAACAGAAGAAAAGCCUGGUGGCAAAAGACAAAGAAUGCUCCCUCCCACCGUCUACGGCCAUCACGUAUUCUUUAUUCCAAGAAAAGAAGAUGUCUUUGAAGAGUGUAGCUGAGAACAGGAUUCUGCCUCUCGCAGCAGUUGGCAUACACUUAUCCCAAGCGGUGAAAGCUGGCUACCCAGUCGAUAUGGAGCGAGCAGGCCUGACUCCAGAGGUUCAGAAGAUUAUUACUGAUGUUAUCCGAAACCCUCCCAUCAACUCAGCGUUGAAUAAAAUUAAACUCAUUAGAAUGUUUGUUCCUGAAAACAUUGACACGUACCUUAUCCAUAUGGCAAUUGAAAUCCUGGAAAAAGAUUGUGACAACAGACUGUUAUGCCAACCUUCAUGUGAUUCCAACAAAAAGAGAUGUUUUCCCAACUCUGAAGCGAGCUGUUCAAGUCCUAAGAGAAGCAAGGAAGAAGUAGGCCCUGAUACCAAGGAGAAGAGUCACAGAAAUGCACUAACUUCUUGGAGUCAGCCAUCCAGUGAUCCAGAAAUAGAAGAUUUAUUUACAGACUCUCAGUUACAGACUUCACCCAAAACCUCACAGAGAAAAUUACCUGAAUGGUUUGCCAAAGGAAAUGAGACUUUAGCUGUUACCAGCAAUAAAUCAAUGGCCAAAACAAAAAAGAAGGGUCUUUUUAGUUAAAAUGGCAGCUGCCAGAAGAAUUAUGUUUGUCUUGCUGUAUUAUAAGAGAGGUACUGUAUUUUAUUUUUGAAAAGAGUGGGAAAUAAUAUGUAAACUUAAAAAUUAUUUAAUCUCAAAGUAAAAUUCAUCUAUUCACUAAUCAGCUGGCAUCUUAAAACAGCCUUGUGCAAUUUCCAUAAAAUUGAGUCUUCUGAGUACGUCAUAGAAUGCUGAGUUUCCUUUAAGAUUGCUUUAAGAAUUGUUAUUGCCCGGUUUUCUAAUCAUUUUAUAUCAGCAGUAUAUUUGGAAAAUGUAAUUUGUGUGAUAUGAUACAGAUAACAGAUUAGUAGCUGUGUGGUGAUAUUGUGUGUGAUGUAAAACAUUCCUGUAUUACCCAGAUUCUGUCUUGUACAUGAGGAAAACAGUGAUUUUACAAAUUGCCUUUACUCUCUUUAGACAGUACUCCUCUACACGUUGUUAAAUGGACCAGAGCUGUGAAAGUGAAACAUUUUGGGUUCCAAGAAUAUAACAAAAGACACCAUUUAUACUAGAAAACUGCAUUUUCUACAAUAUUUCUAUCAUUUUUUAAAUAAUAAACUUUAAAAAUGUUAUUUAUACUGAA